UAGAAGUGCUAGCGAAUAUCUCCCUCCCAUCAUGGAGGUCCAAGUGCUCGUGUACGAUCUCUCCCAGGGGCUCGCACGACAGCUGUCUGAAGGGCUCCUUGGUUUCCGGCUCGAUGCGAUCUACCACGCCUCGAUUCUGCUGAACGGACUUGAGUACGUGUAUGAUGGCGGCAUAAUUGCCAUUACACCUGGGUCCUCUCAUCUCGGACAACCAAUGGAAAGAAUACCGCUCGGAGAUACAGAGCUGCCCAUGGACGUCAUUAUGGAAUAUCUAGACUCGCUGCGGCCCAUCUUCACAGCAGAGCGAUAUGACUUGUGGACGCACAACUGCAACAAUUUCUCCGAUUCGUUGGCCAAGUUUCUGAUUGGGAGGGGAAUACCAGACCAUAUCAUCAAUAUGCCGCGAGCUGUCUUGGACUCUCCGAUGGGCAGAAUGCUCAUGCCCCAACUCAACCAGACCAUUAGCGCCGCCAGGCAGAACGGGUCGAUUCUCGGGAUCCGGCAAAACGGUACCGUCACAGCAAACGGCACGUCAACCUCUCAACCACAGCUGGCAUCUACUGUGAGAACAGUCAGCAACAUAAGAGAGCUAGAUGCAGCUCUCAAACCUGCCAAGAGGGCACUAUAUCCAUUAUACGAAGAGCUAGCCGCCGAGACAGCAGGCAAGGCUGUCCUCAUCAAGGUCGACGUUUCCCAUGCUCUGGAUGUAGGCAAUCGGUUCUCAAUACGGGCAACGCCGACGUUCAUAACUUUUCUGCGUGGUGAAAAGGAGAACCAAUGGAGUGGAGCAGAUCCGGCCGCCCUUCGCGGCAACGUCCAGCUCCUAGUUCAGAUGGCAUGGCCGCGGCAUCCUCACGAGCUGCUAAACCUGCCGAGCUUCUCGAACCCUACCAUCAAGCCAGUUCUGUUCUCAAGAGUGCCGCCGAUGCAGAAGCUUCUAGCGAAAAUGGGAGACAUGGCACAAGAGCCGGGUGUUCAGGCGCUCAAACACUUUGUCCAGGUGCACGCACAGCAAGGGCCGACCGAGGCAGUGUUGCCCGAUAUGAACCAGCUUGCCGCCUUGCUACAGAAAGCUGUCGCCUCGGCUCCCCCGGAGGGGUCAUUUGCGGUAGUUGACCUCUUCCGAUGUGCCCUCCUCGACCCACGGAUAAGUGGUUUCUAUGCUGAGGAGAAGGGACAUGCGGCUGUCAUUUCCUUGCUCGACACGGUCAAUGGCAGCAAGGACUGUCCCUACGCGCUGCGUCUAGUGACAUUGCAGAUGGCCUGCAACCUGUUCUCGUCUCCCCUGUAUGCCGACGAGAUACUCCGAAACGACAUCGUCAGAACCCCUAUUAUCCAGUUGAUCUCGUCUAGUUUCUUGGAUGACAGCCACAGCAGCGUCAGGGUAGCAGCGGCAUCCCUCAUGUUCAACGUAGCCUUGGCGAACAGCAAGACCCGACGGGAAGGGUCAGUCGAAGACUUACCGGAGGGUGAUCAAGUGGAACUCGCCGCAUCCGUAUUGGAGGCCAUCGGACAGGAAGACGGGUCGCCUGAAGCGCUCCAGGGUAUGCUUCUCGGGCUAGGACAUCUCGUGCACCGCACGGCGUUGGAUGGGGAGCUGGCUGACUUGUUGAGAGCGAUGGACGCCGAGGAUACUGUGCUCGCGAAACGAAAUGAGAGUGAAGCUGGACAUUUGGUCCUCGACGACAUCACUGAGACACUGUUGGAAAUGGCUCUCGACUCCCGACUUAUGCCCACCAGCGCAAACCCGGCCUCCCCUUCUGAACUCCGGGUCGUCCGGUCCUCCGCUUCGACUCCUUCCCUGCGAUCCCGCGAUGGAGCACUUCCACCACACCUCAGGAUGGAUGGCGGAGGCAAUGUUCGAGUGGUCGUUCGCGUGCGGACAUUCCUGCCCAGGGAAGUCCAACGCGGUGCACAAUGCCUCAUUCAUAUGGACCCUAUAACCCAACAGACUACUUUGCUCGUACCAGACGACCUUGACCCUGCGAACGCCAAGACGAGAUCAAGAAAGGUGGUUGAGGAGAAGAACUUUACGUUCGACAACUCAUUCUGGAGUCACAAUGCGGAGGACGACCACUAUGCAACUCAGGAGGAUAUCUACAACAGCCUCGGCGAGGAGUUCCUCGAUCACAACUUUGAGGGCUACCACACGUGCAUCUUCGCCUACGGCCAGACCGGUUCCGGCAAGAGCUACACCAUGAUGGGGACGCCUGAAGAGCCGGGCCUCAUCCCACGCACGUGUGAGGACCUUUUCGAGCGCAUCGAGGCUGCCCAGAACGAGACACCCAACAUCUCGUACAAUGUCAGAGUCUCGUACUUCGAGGUAUACAACGAACAUGUGCGGGAUCUGCUCGUACCCGUCGUGCCAAACCAACCACCUUAUUACCUCAAAAUUCGCGAGUCGCCCACCGAAGGACCCUAUGUGAAGGAUCUGACCGAGGUGCCCGUCCGUAACCUCAACGAGAUCUUGCGGUACAUGAAAGCGGGCGACGCCUCGCGCACCACGGCAAGCACCAAGAUGAAUGAUACAAGCAGCCGCAGCCACGCGGUGUUCACCAUCAUGCUCAAACAGAUCCAGCACGACAUGGAUACGGACGAGACGACGGAACGCAGCUCGCGCAUCCGGCUGGUGGAUCUCGCAGGAAGCGAACGAGCCAAGGCCACCGAGGCCACGGGGCAGCGGCUUCGCGAGGGCAGCAACAUCAACAAGUCGCUCACGACGCUCGGGCGGGUGAUAGGAGCGCUAGCCGACGCCAAACACAACUCGCGCAAGCGCAACAAGGACGUGGUCCCCUACCGCGACUCGAUCCUGACGUGGCUCCUCAAGGACUCGCUGGGUGGCAACAGCAAGACGGCCAUGAUCGCGUGCAUCGCCCCCUCCGACUACGAGGAGACACUGUCGACUCUCCGCUACGCCGACCAGGCCAAGAGAAUCCGCACGCGUGCUGUGGUCAACCAGGACCACGUGUCAGCGGCCCAGCGCGACGCGCAGAUCGAGGCCAUGGCGGACGAAAUCCGCAUGCUGCAGCUGUCGGUGUCGGAAUCGCGACGGCGGGAGAAAGACUCGACCAAGGACCAGGAGGAGAAGCUGGAGGAAUACCAGAAGAGCGUGGCGGCCAUGCAGCGCAUGAUGGAGGAGCGAACCCUCGUCGCAGAGGGCAAGAUCCGGAGCCUGCAGACGGAGAAUGAAGCGCUCCGGCUGCACCUCAAGCUGGCACUGGACAGCCUCAAAAACCCGAUCCCGCCGGUGAAGGUGACGUCCCCGGAGCCGGGCGACAAGUGCCAGAUGGAAGGUGGCAACGGCGAGGGAAAUGAGGACGAGGACGAUACGGCGUCGUAUGACGGAGACUCGGACAGCACGGCAUGUGCUUCGGACCCUGGAGGGGACGAUGACAUGGAGGACUACAUGAAGGACCUGCUCAAGGACCUCGGAAUGUUUAGGAGAAAGAUUGGAGACGACAUGGGAAGGUGGGCGACCGAUUCUGAUACGAGGCAACCCUUGGGGGGGGGAUUCAACAUCUAAAAGAGAGCAAGGCGGGGUCCGAAAGAAGAAGAAAAAUAAUGAGAGUGGACAGGCCAUGAUGCCAGAGUAUAAGGUUCAGUAGCGCGGUGUUAUCUGGAGUUCGUUUCUUUUUUUCGGGUUUUUUCUUUCUUUUUCUUAUUUUUUCUUAUUUAUUUAUUUGGUCUGUACAGGAGCAGUUGGGAACUUGUUGGCUGGAACGACACAUGAAUAAGGAUGUACGAAGGACACACACUAGGACUUUCAUUUUGGAUGAGCCACGACGGCCUCCUCCUACCUUAUGCGGCGACAAGAGAUUGCUAUUAUUAACAACGUAAGGGAUAUAGGUAUCCGGUUAAAAUUGAAGCUUCCUAGCUAUUUGUGCCCGGAUGGUCGUUUUACUUUGUAUGGACAUACAUACG